AUGGAUAUUAAAUUUCGAAGGAGGGUAAUUUUUCUUGAAAAACCACAAUCGUCAUACAUAACUUUUAAUUUAUGCCAUAAUUCUGCUGAGCUCUUGGUGUUUUUUAUGUGCACGUACAAAACUGGAUCUAUCGUUAAUAUUAACUUUGCCUUCGUUUUGGCGUCGUCGGCUUUACUUCAAAAUCUGCCGACGUUUAAUGCUCACAUAAAUGUAGAGUACUGUCACUCAGUUCAAGCCAUCAAAUACAUUUGUAAAUACAUAAAUAAAGGAUCGGACCAAGCUACAUUUGGCGUCAGAAACCCAAAUGAUGAAGUGGAAAACUACGUAAAUGGCCGUUACAUAAGUACUUCCGAAGCUGCUUGGCGAAUAUUCGAAUUCCCGAUCCAUGAGCGGCAUCCUACAGUUUUGCAGUUAGCUGUCCACUUAGAAAAUGGCCAAAGGGUGUAUUUUACCACAGAAACGGCUGUACAAGUGGCCCAAAAUCCACGUAAAACAACAUUGCUGGCUUUUUUUGAGCUCUGUAAUGAAGAUGAAUUCGCAAAAACACUUCUUUACCACGAAGUCCCGCAAUACUACACAUGGGCCAAUAAUAAGUUCACCAGAAGGAAGCGUGGUGAGAAUGUAGUUGGCUAUCCAGGCAUAAAAAAAGAUUCCGCUUUAGGUAGAGUCUACGGUGUCCAUCCUUCUCAAUCCGAGUGUUUCUAUCUUAGGAUGUUGCUGCACCACGUACGCGGUCCAACUUCAUUCCAGUACUUGAAAACCGUUGACGGAGUUCUGAAAGAAACGUAUCAAGCUGCUUGCCGUGCUAGAGGUUUGCUAGAAAACGAUGACCAUUGGGAAAAUACUCUCAGAGAAGCUUCGCUUUCUCAAUGUCCAUUACAAUUGAGAGAAUUGUUUGUGGUCAUACUUUUAUUUUGUCAGCCAUCGGAACCAUUAAAAUUAUGGAACAUUUUCAAAGACGAUUUAUGUGAAGAUAUUAGACACAGAAUCAGACAGCAAAAUCAAGACAUCACCUUACCAUACAAUGAGGACAUUUAUAACGAAGGUUUGAUACAAAUAGAAAAUAAACUGUUGCAAUUAAAUGACAAAAGCCUAAGUGAUUUCGGAUUACCAUCAUCAGUUCGUACAGAAAGCAAUGCAGCAGAGACUAUGACUCAUCGCUAUGAUACAAAUAAUUUGACCGCUUUUGUCAAUGAAAACCUGCCAAAGUUAGUCCCAGAUCAAAGACAUGCUUUUGAAACUAUAGUCGAUAGCGUCAUUCAUGACAAAAGAAAAGUUUUCUUUUUGGAUGCACCUGGUGGAACGGGAAAGACGUUUCUUGCAAAUUUGAUACUUGCUAAGAUAAGACAAUCAGGGAAGAUAGCAAUAGCAGUUGCUUCCUCAGGAAUUGCUGCAACUCUCUUGAAGGAUGGCAAAACUGCUCAUUCUACUUUUAAACUUCCACUAUCCGUCAAUCUUGAACAACAAUCUACAUGUUCCAUCCGCAAAAAUGGACCUAUUGGUAAAUUACUACAAGACGCCUCAUUGAUUAUGUGGGACGAAUGCACGAUGAGCCAUAGAGCACAUAUAGAGGCCGUGAACAGAACCUUACAGGAUCUAAGGAACUCCUCUGCAGUCAUGGGCGGGAUUACUUUUGUAUUUGCUGGAGAUUUUCGACAGACUCUCCCCGUUAUUAACAGAGGCACGCGAGCAGAUAUCAUCAAGGCAUGCUUGAAAUCGUCUCCCUUAUGGACUACGAUUGAAACAUUAAAAUUAAGGACAAAUAUGAGAGCUCAUCUUCAUGGAAUCACUGAUAGCGAUUUCCCACAGCAACUGCUAAAACUUGGGGAAGGAAUUUUUCCAACUCCAAAUUUAAGCGGUCAUUGUGACAUUCUUCUGGAUGAGUCUCUAGGCCAAAUACUCCAUAAUUUGGAAAAUUUAAUAGAUUCUGUAUACCCUGAUAUCGAGAAUUUGCACGAAAGAGACUUCCAUUGGCUGUGUUCUCGGGCUAUAGUAUCACCUAAGAAUGAUACUGUCAAUGAAAUAAACAAUCUGAUUGUUCAAAAAGUCCCCGGCCAAACAAAAACAUACAAAUCGAUCGACACUGUAACGAAUAUUGAAGAUGCAGUCCAUUAUCCACAGGAAUUUUUAAAUUCGUUGAACCCUUCUGGACUGCCACCCCAUGAAUUGACGUUAAAAAUCGGAAUCCCAAUCAUGCUUUUAAGAAAUUUAAACCCUCCGAGCAUGUGUAAUGGGACGAGGCUGCUUAUUAAGGAGUUAGAGGACAAUUUAAUAGUAGCAACUAUUAUCACUGGCCCAGCAGGUGGUCAACUAGCUCAUAUACCGAGGAUACCGAUGAUCCCAACUGAUCUGCCAAUCCCAUUUAAACGGCUUCAAUUUCCGGUAAAAACAUCUUUCGCAUUAACAAUUAACAAGUCCCAAGGCCAAACCUUCGAAUUAGUAGGGAUCGAUCUGCGAAAGAAAUGUUUUACUCAUGGUCAACUGUAUGUUGGUCUAUCGCGAGUCGGAGCCCCUGAAAAUCAAUUUAUUUUGCUGCCACAAAAUAAAACAACAUCAAAUAUUGUUUACAGAGAAGCUCUAACAAAAUAA